AUGGCAAACUCUGACAAAGACCGCCCAACUAACCCAGCUAAAGAAUCACACGACAAGACCGCGACGCCACCCGAUAACAAACCCGAUACCGAGAAUCCAUUCAUCGCAUUUCGACGAUAUGCAGAUGAACAAAUCUCAUCCAUGCUCCAGGCGGUGAUGGGUUUGCCUUCGUCAUCUGUACCACCUUUCUCGGACAAGUGGUUGUACUUUCAAAACUCCGACAGUAACGAUCGAAACGUCGACGGAGAAUCUGACUAUCGCCCAGAAGAUGACCGGCCAUCACGAAGAUGGGGAUUCCAUAGAGAUGAAGACUUUUUCGACCGCUGGCAUAAUCAUCGACGCUUCUCGGAUCGUGGGUUUCACUCACUGUUUGACGGAUUCCCUAUGAACCUGGGCUCAUUCAUGUUCCCGGAGAGCAUACUAUCAGACGGAGAGUCGCAGACCUGGCCACUCGCCUAUCUUAUAUUCAGCCCUUACUCGCCCUUAUAUUUGGAACGAUCCCAAGGCCAUGGACGCCAUGAAGGAGCUCUCUCAUCAUUAUUCUCCUCGCGGAAACCUGCAGAGUUAGAUUCCAACGAACCGCGCUGGCGCGAUGCGUUUGAGGAUCUUCUAAGAGUCACCAAUGGACAAGAGAUGCUAGACCAAAGUAUGGAGUCGGAGCGUAGCAGGCAAUCAGCUGAUAAUUGGUUGAAGGGGUUGGUACAGAGAGGUAGCCUUGGGAAUAAUUGGCGGUUGUUAGGUCCCGAACAUUCGCGAGAUGGAAUAGCUCUGGAGAGAUACCAGCAGCACGACCAUGAUAAACGUGGCCAAGACCCACCACGUCAGUUAGAAGAAGACUCUCUAAAAGAGGAAACGGAAUCGAACGAGGCAGAAACAGAACUGGAUUUAUAUGAUCGCUUUCUCAAUGACAUUGCAAAUGCCCAUGAACGAUACUCUCGCGCUUUCGCCGAUAGUCCUUCAAUGCGUCUUCUUGACGAAGAACGAAGGCGACAUGUGCAGCAAGACAGGAUUACGUCUGAGGACGCAAACUCAGAAAGCAAAGAUUGGCUUGAGUAUACAUCUGACGGAAACAAAAGUCUGCUUGCUUCUCAGACAACAGCAGAAGAUCCCUCUUUCGAAGAUUCCCGAGUGGUUUCGACAAUGACCCGCAGUGUCAAGCGCACACUAGCAGAUGGCUCGAUCUCGACAAAGACAGUGAAAACGAAGCGCUUUGCCGAUGGUCGUGAGGAGAGCGACGAAACAGUCGAAGUCACGCCUCCUCCCAUGAUUGAGAAGAAUGCCGAGCAGACUCAAGGUUCUGACAACGAGAAACACUCUCACGGAGGCUGGUUUUGGACUCGUUGA